GUGACUUCGGGUUGUGACCGAUAAUUUCCAGAGACCAUCUAGUAGAUGUUGUGGUCUGCUUUCAGCUUUUCUGUUGCACGUGUGUUUGUCAGUUCACAACAAAUAAGGAUGUCACACAAGCUGGCAGCAAACCUGUCAAUGAUGUUUAAAGAACACCCGUCUCUGUCGGCGCGUUACAAAGCUGCGAAAGACGCCGGUUUUAAGUAUGUGGAGUGUGGGUUCCCGUACGUGGAAACACUGGAAUCCAUUAAACAAGCACGGGCAGCAGCCGGAGUGGAACAGAUCCUCAUCAAUGCAUGGCCUGGUGACAUACAAAAUGGUGAGCUUGGUUUAGCAGCCCUUCCUAAUAAAAGACAGGAGUUUAAGGACAAGCUGGAGACCUCCAUAGAUUAUGCCAAGGCACUGGGCUGUAAAAGGAUGCAUGUGAUGGCUGGACUAAAGCCGGUGUUCACCGAUGAAGCUAUGGAAGAGGUGUACCUAGACAACUUGCGCUAUGCUGCUGACAGGCUUAGCAAGGAAAACAUUAUGGCUUUGAUUGAACCAAUCAACAACAGAUUGACCAUUCCUAAGUAUUUUCUGACAGACAUACACAAAGCAAUAGAGUAUAUAAAGAAAAUCGACCACCCUAAUUUGAAGCUACAAUUUGAUUUCUUCCACAUUCAAAUAAUGGAUGGCAACCUGACAGGAAAUCUGAAGAAGUAUCUUCCUUACAUAGGUCACAUACAGAUUGCCCAAGUACCAGACCGGGGUGAGCCCACCGAUGGGGAGAUAGACUUCCCGUACGUCUUCAAACUCCUCAAGGAUGUGGGGUAUACGGGCUACAUAGGACUGGAAUACAUCCCUCGAGGUAAAACUGAAGAUGGACUGAAAUGGAUUCAAGAAUUUGGACUAGCCUGGCCUGUGACUAACGUGCUCUCUGCUGACACAGAUGCGGCAGCUGUGCUGCUUUCUGUCGUACUGGCUGUACCUUCUGUGGCUGAUGCUGUGGUUGUGGUAGCAGUAGUGGUGCUGGGGGUGUUACCUCUACUACUACCGGUGCUGGGGCAGGGGCAGGUGCAGGUGCAGCAGCAGCAGUCUCAGGUUUUGCUGCAGCAGCUGCUGCUUUUGGCUGUCCAAACAGAUUACAAUGACCAAUUACACACUUUUCAAAACAUUUCCUUCAGCUGUGUUUACUUCCGGUCCACACGUGGUUAUUAUAUGUCACACACAGAAAAAUCAGACGUACCAGAAGGGUGCUGUGCAUUCUUUAUCGAAAGAAAAACACGAUAUUGUAGAUUUAAACCAAACCAUGGACAGAUUUAUUGUGCAGAACACGCCGGACUGCUUGGUAUUGACACGGGUAGAAAAAGAGUCAAGUGCCCACUGAAUGCAAAACAUACCUGUUAUGAAGACCAGUUGAAUAAACACAUCAAGAAAUGUAGAAAACAAGAAAGUGCAACCCCGGUGUACCAUGUCGAAGGAGUUAACUCUGGAGCUGAUUCUACAGAUCGUGAAGAAGAAACAAAGAAGAUCCCCUGGGCAGAUAUCCCUUUGUCUGAGCUGCUCAAUUUGAUUGACAGGGUAAAUAAAAAAUACCAAGAACAUGUUGAAGCAAUACAAACAGAGAUAUUGGAUCAUGAAAGCUUACAGGAAGAGUUAGCCAAUGAAAAUUUCAGGAUACCAGCUCUUAGGCACAGAAAACAACAGGCAUCACUGAUAGGACAUCUUGGAAAAAUGGAUCUUCUCAAGGAUGGCAUGUGUUAUGUAGAACUUGGUGCCGGGAAGGGCAUGCUGUCUCAUUGGAUACAGAAGGCUUCAGAUCAGUGUAGUAAUACUGCCUUUGUGCUGGUAGACAGGGGUCAUGUCAGGUACAAGGCAGAUAACCAGCAUAAGUGGGGAGAGAGUGGCCCUAAGUUUGAGAGGAUCAGAAUAGAUAUCGCCAACCUUCAUUUGGGAAGGGUACCUAGUAUCCAAGAAAACGAGCGACCAGUGGUGGCAGUGGGCAAGCAUCUAUGUGGAGGUGCUACUGAUCUAGCUGUGCGGUGUGUGACAAACACCCUGUCAGCUGAAGACCUGGGGGAGACAGCUAGUGUAGCGGAACCAGCGUGUAAACGCUCCAAACCCAACACCAGUUCCAAGUUUGCUGGUAUGGCCAUAGCGUUGUGUUGUCACCAUCGCUGUACCUGGGAGACUUAUGUGGGUAAAGACUUUAUGAAGACGUGCAGUUUUUCUGCCCGAGACUUUAUGUUGAUGUGUAAGCUUAGUAGUUGGGCAGCAGCUACCUGGAAGGGCUGGGCAACCAUUGAACAAAUGAAUGAGGAAAUUAAUUCAUCUACAAAUGUAGAUAAAAACUCUCCAGUGACAAUGACGACACCGCAGUCUUCUGAGGCCAGAGUGGGAGGCAGCAGUGGACAAUCAACAACAGACUCAUCAGAAAUGUCCUCUACUCCCACGGGCGUGGUCAGUUGUACUGACCAGCCUGAUAAUCAGUCGGGUGACCAGGAGCUAGUCAGCCAGGAGGAUGAAGUAGAGGAAGAGCACCAGUCUGGACCUGCACUCACCAGAAAUGACUUGUGCCUGCCCAUUGCGACGAGGGAGAAGAUUGGACGACAGUGUAAACGACUUAUUGACUUUGGCCGUGUAAAGUAUCUAAGGGAACAUAACAUUGACUCUAAACUGGUGGUCUACAUUGAUGAAAAACUCACCCCUGAAAAUGUGGCAAUAAUAGCACUGCCUGACUGUCGGUCAGGUACUUCUGGGCUGUCAUAGCAGUGUCUGUUGGUCAGGUCGUCAUAGCAGUGUUUGUUGGUCAGGUCGUCAUAGCAGUGUUUGUUGGUCAGGUCGUCAUAGCAGUGUCUGUCGGUCAGGUCGUCAUAGCAGUGUCUGUUGGUCAGGUCGUCAUAGCAGUGUCCGUCGGUCAGGUCGUCAUAGCAGUGUUUGUUGGUCAGGUCGUCAUAGCAGUGUUUGUUGGUCAGGUCAUCAUAGCAGCAUCUGUUGGUCAGGUCGUCAUAGCAGCAUCUGUCAUGUACUACUGGGCCAUUAUAGCGCUUUCCGGCUCGGUGUCAGUAGUGAGUCUAUAAUGUGUACAGAUGAUGAGGUUAUCACAACUGAAGAGCAUGCAUAGUUGUAGUGGUCAGUUUCAAUAAUAUACCAGAAUAAAUAGUAUACUGCACGCACA